CCGUCAAGACUCAACACUCAACAGUAAUGGUUGUCAUAAGUGGGAAAGAAGACGAGUGAAUGUUUUGCUCUGCUGUCGUCGAUUGAUUCCGUCGAUUUUGUAAAUUUCUGUCAUCGAAUCAUUCCUUGGACCAGAGGACAUGGCCUCAAACCAGGAUGAGCAAGAAGUAAAUGAAGACGAUAGUGCACUGCAAAUAGUUCUGCCAGCUUCCUUGCACUUCCAGACCUUUCAAGAAUAUAGACGCAAGGAACUGUUCACUGACUUGUGCAUCAAAUGUGACGGCAAACUGUACGCUGCUCACUCGUUAGUUGUGGCAGCAUCUUCACCUCCCAUGUGCAAGCUUCUGAAAUCAAAUCGCGUUCAGUGUCGCACGUUCCCUAGAUGCACAGUCGAUGAGGAAAUGGCCAGCGAGAGUUUUCUCUCGGAUAGUCAGAAGAACCAGCACCAACAGGGGCAGCAACAGACUUCUAGUCCAUCGCUGUCACUGAUUGAUGUCCUGUUGAUCGACCCUGCUAAGAAGGUAUCCAGCAGAGAACGACAGAAGCCGAAGAAGUCUGGAUUUUCCACAGAGACGUUGUCCCUCGCAAAGAAGCCUAACUCGAACGUCGAUCCAGCUAGAAGGAUAGAAGACUUCGACGAUGCUUUCGAUGAAUGCUGCGUAAUAGGGCCAGACAAGAAGAGUCGUUCUAGAAUUGCCAUGGCCGUCACAGUAUGUGGGAAUGGAUCACUGACACUUAUAAUUGAAGGGGUUGAUCAGGAAAUUACGGAGUUGUGCAUUCAGCUUAUGUACAGUGAAAGCUUUUGCAUCAAAAAGUGUCUCGUCCCUAAGUUCAUCUCUGUUUCACGAAGUUUAGAAUUGUCAGGAUUUGAAAGCAUUUGCCAACAACUGGAAAUGCAUUUACAGGGCAUUCCAGCAUUUGUAUCUCCAUUGCCACUAAUGUGCUGUGGGGACCAGGCACCUAGCACUAGCGCUUCAGUUAAACCACUUUCUCCAGGGAAGGAACUGUCAGUGUAUUCUGAUGCUGAAACACAUUCUAGGAGGAUAAACAUACAAAGUGAAGAUGAUGAUGAUGUUCAGGAUGGCAGUGCACUUGGGCUAAUUAAUUUAACAGAAUGUCCCGUGGAUGUAUGCAACAAUGAAACUUUGAAGCAGAGGUUACCUAAAUCUCUAGCUAAUGAACAUCAACCUGUAGUUCCUUCAAAUCUGUCAGCUAAAGAUGAAUUGUGCAUGUACAUGGACCAGAUAGGAUCUGUCAGUUUGCAUGCAUCAGGCACUUCAGAUAAUGGAAAUAAUACCCCUGAAUUAAUUAUUGCUAGUAAUUCAAUCAUCAAGGAAGAAGAUUUGUCUGAUGUAGAUGAUGAUGAUUUUUCACAGGCGAAAAAUUGGUGCGUUCUUGAUGAGAACCAAACAUCGAUUAAAGAUGUACCUAGUAAUGGGCAGCAAUGUGAGACGAGUUAUAUUUCUGAAGUCAGUAGAACAGCAAUAGUCAAGCAAUAUAAUAGCUUUGAUCAAGAUUCGGUGUCUUUCCAGAAUAAACUAUGCACUGAAGAGCAGUAUCUAGCUUCUGAAAUUGUAAUAAAAGAUGAACCUGUUGAAGAAUGUACUACUUUAACUGAAGAACCUGUUGAAAAAUCUACCACUCUAACUGAAUUAAGGGCCUUCAGAUUCAAACCAGAGAGAAAUUGUGCCAAAAAUUUGGAUGCUGUAAUGAGUGAAUGCAAUGACUGGACCCUCGUAGGUGGUGAACAUGAAAAAAUUGAUGACCAUGUAAAGAAACAAAGUGAAAAGAACAAAAUUCUUCCAGAAUUUGAAACCAGAGGGGAACUGGAAGAUGUUGACAUUGCUCAAAAACAAACCGUUAUGGAAGCAAACACUAUCCUGAAUAAAGAUGAUGCCUCAGAAAUAGAAUUGGGUAUUGGUGAUAAGUCUAGUGAAGAGUUAAUACCCAUAGUAAAGGAAAUGGAUUUAAAGACAAUUGCAGAAGGAGAAGUAAAGAAAAAGGGCUUAAACGCUACUGCUGAGAUUUCCCAUAAAUGUACUGACAAGGCUACAGGUACCAUUGUGAGUGCUGUUCAUGAUGCUGCUGAUAGUGAGAACAAAUGGCAGCACAGUAAUGAAGGUGACAAUCACAACCUAAUAUAUAAGCCGAAGAGUCAAGAUGCAAAUGAAAUGGGGCAUCAGAAUCAGUGUGUAGAAGCAACCUUACGUAAUGAGAAACAAGAAACAGCAGCCUUUAAGUCAGGUAAAGACCAAAGAAUUGAGGAAGGUGGAAUUGUCUUUCAAGGUACAGUUUCCAAUGAAUGUAUUGCUGGUAAUGAAUUUGAGAAUGUAAAUAAACAAAGGGUUUGUUUAAAUAAUGAAGAAAAUCAUCAGUCAGCAUGUGAAAGUGGUGAAAGUUAUUGUGAAGUAGAAAAAGGCUCCAGCAGCCCUAUUGAUGUUUUGAAACCCAGAAACAAUGACUGGGCGAGUGACACAGAAAGCAGUGAAACUAAUUCAACCGUGGAUACUUUGGAAAACAAAGUAAGCAUAUUAGUAUUAAAAGGACCUAUCCAUAACCUCCCAGAAUUUAACUCCCAAGAAAGGGACUUGUCUUUUUGUGAAACCUAUAUAGCUAGAGAAAACAGUGAUAGAAGGGAUUAUCAUCAAGAAAGUCUGUCAUUCAGUGAUAAUUCUUCUGGUAGAUUUGUUAUCUCUAAGGAAGGCCAGGUUGGUGUAUGUGAGGUAAGUGCACAAGAUAGUGAAUGCCUAUCUCACGUGAGAAACAUUAAGAACUCGGAUACAUUUUUUAACAAAAAUAAGACAUCGCAUUUAGUCCGGGAUGACUGCAGAUUAAGCAAAGAGGGAACUGCUUUUUCCAAGAUAAAGAAUAAAAUCUUGAAAAAAAAGAAAAAAAUGUUUAGUAGUGGGGAUUCAUUAGAGACUGUCAUCUCUGGAAAGCUGGCUGAAGAUACUGGGACUAAAUUUUAUGUGAACCACAAUUCUUUCAAAGCAUCUUGCGCAACCUUUUUUACAUUUAAGAAAAGACGAGAAAAGGAAAUUGCGGCGUACAAUAGGAAAAUUCUUAAAAGUGCUUCUUCAUUCUACAGUAAACGUGGAGGUAAGUUGUCCCUGAGUCAGAAAAAUAUUACUUUUCACAGUAAAUUGAAACAUUGUAAGAAAAUUGGUAAGAUAUUCACAAGAGCUCAAAAUUCAGUGUCUGAGGAAUAUCAAGAGUCGGUUGAACAUUUUACAGUGAUGCAGGAGACCACCCUGAGCAGGGAUUAA